AUGGCCGACGACGCGCCUCCGUCUUCACACAGACUGCCGACCGUGUCGGCCUCGCAGGCGCUCCAGGGCCUCCACGCGCGCGCCCGCGCUGUGCCGACGGGCCUCAUGCAGCUCGACCAGCUGCUCGCGCCGCCCAGCCUGCCCGGCCAGCCCGUCGCGGGCGGAUGGGCGCGCGGCAAGGUGGCGGAGGUGUACGGGCCGCCGGGCGUGGGCAAGACGGCGCUGCUGCUGCAGGCGGCCGCGCGCGCCCUGGGCGACGGCCAGCACGUCUACUGGAUUGAUGGAGCGGGAGCCCCGCUGGUCGCCCCGCGCCUCGACGACAUGCUCAAUUCCCCGACCGACACCAUGCUCGACUCCCCAACACUUGACUCCCCGACCGCGACACCCGCCUCCACGGCCGACCAGCGCCGCCGCUUCCACUGCCUCGCCGCGCCGACGCUCGCCCACGUCCUGGCCCUGUUCGUACACCCCCCGCCGUCGUUCCCGCGCCCCGGCACGAGCCUCGUCGUCGUCGACUCGCUGUCCACGCUCGUCGACAACGCAUACCCGCGCACCGACGACCGCGCGCGCAAGACGGACCAGUCCAAGUGGGCCGCCGCGCGCCGCUACGCCGUCGUCACCGAUCUGAUCGCCGCUCUCAGCCGGACCGCGGCGCAGCACGACAUCGCCGUGGUCGUCACGUGUCAGACCAUCACGCGCAUCCGCGGCCCGUCGCGCGCUCUGCUGGUGCCCGCCAUGGCCGGCGUCGAGUGGGAGAACGGCGUGUCCGCACGCGUGCUGCUGUUCCGCGACUGGGUGCCUGCGCGCGAUGCCCCUGAGGCUGCCCGCCUGCAGAAGACGCGCUUUGCCGGCCUGGUCAAGCGCCGCGGCGUGGCCCUGGCCGACGAGGGCGGCGUGGGCUGCGUCGUGCCGUUUGCCAUCGAGAGGCACGGCCUCUGCGACAUCAACCUCACCACCGACGACACCGCCACGACCAUGGUGCUGCCUAUCCAGCCGCGGCCCCCGAAGCGGUCCUUUGACGACGUCGACGAGAACGAGGAGCCCAACUCGGACGACGUCUACGGCUGGAUCGAGGACGACGCCGUCGCCGCCGAGGGCCUCAUCAAUGACGUCCCAUCAGAAGGACGUGGCCCCAAGGCACUGCGGACUUCAUCCGACUGAGCCUCGUGUUCUGCCUGCGACUGCAAGUACCUCUCACCAUGCGCCCAGCCUUGGCACCCACACGGCUGAUACACAUCGGACAAUCGUACAUGCCCACC